CCUCCUACGAACACCUGUUCUAAUUAAACUUAUUGGUCCGGUGCCUCGAUCCUUUGACGAAUUGGAACAAAGAUACUUCAAUAUUCCUCAAAGAAAAACAUUGGUUUAUCAUGAACUUAUACCGGAAAGACUUGGUUGGCUCAAGCAAUUGGGCUUGGACGAUCCCCGAUAUUUACCUCUGUCGCAGACUGCACUGGAAAGGCAUGCAUUAAACAAUCUCUAUGAUGAAAAACCACGCGUAGAAGAGGUAUUGAAGCUAAAGCAAAGUACAUCAAUGCCAUGCUCGAUCCGCCAAACCCAUCAUGGGCGACUUUGGAGCAAACCUAUGAGAUUUACCCCGCGAGUGCCUUCACUACAUACGGAGCAUAUCUCGAUAAACGCCGCCAAUGGCUGCAACAAAUUGGUCUCGAUAUUAUCCCUUUCUGCUACAAAACCUUGGAAUUAUCCGAGGGUAAUAUGCAAGGUAUGGAGGUUGCCUGGAGCGUACUGACUGAGAUUGAACGUAAUAAAGUUCUCGACGCAGCUAACAUCAUCAAAGAAGACGGUAAUCCAGUUGUUGAUUCAUGGUCGGACUUUGAAUACACAUAUGACUUUAUCAAGGAAAAAGACAAGGAGUUCAAGAAUGAUGCCGCGGGAUAUGCCAAGAAGCACGGAUACUGGAUUAUUGAUAUAGGAUUGAACUUUGAUCCUUUCAAUGACGCUUAUUCAUUCUACCUCUACGUCUUUGCAAGAAGCUUGGUCCAAAAAGUCUACCGAGGAAAGAAAGUCUAUCAUCACUAAAGCUAAAUAUGAAAAAGAACGCUAUGUUAGGGAUUUAGCGAGAAAAAAGGCUGAGAAGGCAGGUGAUAAUUACAAAGCUCCUCCAAGUGAAGCUAAGAAGACAAGUAAACGCUCAUCUGCGGCAAAAUCCUCUAGUAAUAGGGUCUCGAAGUCUUCCAGUAGUCGUUAUGCUUAUAAUCGUUAUUUUGCCAGGUCGACCGCUUCUCGAAAUUAUGGAUAUUCGGGUUAUGGGUAUGGAAGGUAUGGAAGGUAUGGGAGAUAUUAAGAUGACUAACAUAAUUAGUGUGUUUACUGGAUUUUUGCUAACUUUUUGUCUGCGGUGGAUGGUUUGACUAGUUGGUUAUUUCUGUAACACGAUUUACCUAGAUCUUUCUUUUUUUUCGGAAUAUUUUGUGGAGUGGUUCUGUCGUGUUUGGAUAGGUUAUUUUUCAUACGAGAGAUGACCACGAAGCCUGCGGGCGGGCAGAUGAAAACGAUCUUUUUGAGCGCGUCUAUCUAUCUUCUUAAUUAUUUUGUACAUAUAAUUUUUCAUGAAUUUUGGUGCUUGGGGUCUAAUAGAUUGCCGGA